UUUAAGCCUGCCCGGGAUUGAGGCAUAAAGAGAAAGCCCGGCACUCGCCAAUCUCACUGUAGUGAGAAGAGCGAGAACCCCGUCAACCUCUCUUCUCACCACCACUACCAUCAUCAUCACCACCAACCGCCAUCCCACCAUCCCACCGCACACUUCCUCUUGUUUUUAUAUAAAAAAAUUUUUAUAAUAAAAAUUAUAAAAAAAUAAUGGGCCAGAGCGAGGGGGAAUGCACCCCCACACCUUCACCCUUCAAGAAAAGCGGAAAAGAAGCGGCCAAGGGGAGGAUCCGCCAUAGCAGAUCCUCUAUCCCCAGCCACCGCGCAACUCAUCGCCAGUCCCCAGCAAGGAGCCGAGAACGUGGCGGACAUGGAAAAGGUGAGCAGGGAGAGAGAGUAUAAAAAUACUCCCUCAAUCCCCACCCACCUUCUCAUAUUGUUUUUUUUUGUUGCAGUGACCAAGGGGAGGACCCGCCAAAGCAGAUCCUCUACCCCCAGCCACCGCGCAACACGCCACCACUCCCCAGCAAGGAGCAGAAGCUCGACUCGCCAAGAGAGUCGUGGCAAAGGAAAAGGUGAGAAGGGAGAGAGAGCAAUAUUACUCCCUCGAUUCACACCCAUCUUCUCAACUUGUUUGUUUUUGUUGCAGCGUCCAGGGGGAUGACUCGCCGAAGCAGGUCCUCAACCCCCAGUCGUCGCGCAUCUUGCCGCCACUCCCCAGUCAGGAGUCCCAGGACAAGCCGGGACUCGACCCACCGAGAACGUGGUGCAAAAGAAAAAAGUGAGAAGGAGAGAGAGUAUAAAAAUACUCCCUCAAUCCCCCCACCUUCUCAAUUUGUUUUUUUUUGCAGCGACCAGAGGGAGGACCCGCCAAAGCAGGUCCUCAACCCCCAGUCGUCGCGCAUCUUGCCGCCACUCCCCAGUGAGGAGUCCCAGGACAAGCCGGGACUCGACCCACCGAGAACGUGGUGGACAAGGAAAAGGUGAGAAGGGAGAGAGAGUAUUAAUACUCCCUCAAUCCCCACCCACCUUCUCAACUUGUGUUUUUUUGUGCAGAAACGGUGAAGGGGAGGACCCAAUGCUUAUAGAUAUGGCCGUUUAUUCCAACGGAUGUUUAGGCGUCAUUUUUUAACGAAACCGAUAUUGGAUCGGUAUUUCUGUGGGCAACAUCGUUCCCACAGACAUACCGAUCCAAUAUCGGUUUCGUUAAAAAAUGACGCAUAAACAUCCAUUUUUUUGUAUAAUAAUUUGCAAAACGGGGUGAUGAGAGAUACCAAUUUUGCGGUAAUCUCAACACCACACCAUCAUCAUCAUCAUCAACAAAACAGCGUGACCACCACCAUCACACCUCCUCCUCGAUUGUAACCACCGCCACACCUCCUCCACGAGCGUGACCACCGCCACACCUCCGUCUCGAUUGUGACCACCAUCACACCUCCUUCUCGAUUUUGACCAACAUCACACCUCCUUCUCGAUUGUGACCACCGCUACACCUCCUUCUCGAGCGUGACCACCGCCACACCUCCUUCUCGAUUGUGACCACCGCCACAACUCCACGACCGUUACCACCGCCACAACUCCACGAGCGUGACCACCGCCACACCUCGUUCUCGAUUGUGACCACCAUCACACCUCCUUGUCGAUUGUGACCACCGCCACAACUCCGCGAGCGUGACCACCACCAUCACACCUCCUCCUCGAUUGUGACCACCGCCACACCUCCGUCUCGAUUGUGACCACCGCCACACCUCCUCGAGCGUGACCACCGCCACAACUCCACGAGCGUGACCACCGCCACACCUCCUUCUCGAUUGUGACCACCGCCACACCUCCGUCUCGAUUGUGACCACCGCCACACCUCCGUCUCGAUUGAGACCACCGCCACAACUCCGUCUCGAUUGUGACCACCGCCACACCUUCUUCUCGAUUGUGACCACCAUCACACCUCCUUGUCGAUUGUGACCACCGCCACAACUCCGCGAGCGUGACCACCACCAUCACACCUCCUCCUCGAUUGUGACCACCGCCACACCUCCGUCUCGAUUGUGACCACCGCCACAACUCCGUCUCGAUUGUGACCACCGCCACACCUCCACGAGCGUGACCACCAUCACCGCACCUCCUCCACCUCAACCAACGGGAUCAAAAUGAAAAGCAAGAGAAGAUUGCAGUUACAGAAGGCGUCCAAACAACGCUGGGAGGACAAUGUUUCCGAAAACAAGGAGGAAAACCAGAUGGAAUUGUCAACCCUACCGGCGACCUCACACUCUCCAUCGAAACAAUUGAGAACAAUACAUUCUCCGUCGAAAAAAUUAACAUCCAUACACUCUUCACCGAAAAAAUCAACAUCCAUCCUUUCUGCAAAACUCGAGCCGAGGAAACUAGUUCUCCGUCGAAGUCAUCCUCUAAAAUACAAAUGCUAUGGAAAACGUAGCGUGCCUACGUCAUCGGUAUCCGAAUAUAUACAGGAUCCUGUCGCAAAUGAUGUCCCUGUCGGGCGACGCCUAAUCUCGAUUCAGUCUCUGAACCAAAUAAUGUCUUUAGCUGCUGAUCAUGGAAGACAAUGCUCAUUUCCACUUUUGCAGAUCGUAAAAGAAAUUCGCAAAGGACUUCAGUCGACACUGACGGCGUCUUGUGAAACUUGCAUGAAGCUGUUUCAGUUCAGUAAUGACAUUGGACCCUGCACUCUUCCUGUCAAUGAGGCUGGCGUGUGGGCAGGGCACACCAACGGGGGAGGAUUCACAAUAAUGAAACAUUCCUUGACGGCAUUGGAUCUCCCUUUCAUGGACAGCAAAACUUAUACAAAUCUGGAAAAUAGGUUUUCAAAACAACUGCAUAGCGCAUUUCUCUCAGAGUUGCAACGAAAUGGAGAGGAGGAAAAAAGAAUGGCUAUUGAACUAGGCCAGAUUGACCACGAUGGAGUUCCAUGGACAGAUGUCUUAGGAGAUGGUCAAUGGAGCAAAAGGUCGUUCAAUCAACAAGGCAGAGCACUGUCAGGAUCGGCCGUACUUAUUGGAUUGCUAACCAAGAAACCACUCUUCGUAGGGGUUAGGAACAAAGUUUGUUUCAUUUGCAAAACUCAACCAGAGAAGGAACAUGAGUGUUUCAAGAACUGGGACGGAUCAUCUUCUGCUAUGGAAACGAACAUUAUUAUGAAAAGGUGAGAGGUGAGAGAGAGAGUAUAAAAAUACUCCAAUCCCCCUCACCUUCUCAACUCUUGUUUUUUUUGUGCAGAAGCGGCCAAGGGGAGGAUCCGCCAUAGCAGAUCCUCUACCCCCAGCCACCGCGCAACUCAUCGCCAGUCCCCAGCAAGGAGCCGAGAACGUGGCGGACAUGGAAAAGGUGAGCAGGGAGAGAGAGUAUAAAAAUACUCCCUCAAUCCCCACCCACCUUCUCAUAUUGUUUUUUUUUGUUGCAGUGACCAAGGGGAGGACCCGCCAAAGCAGAUCCUCUACCCCCAGCCACCGCGCAACACGCCACCACUCCCCAGCAAGGAGCAGAAGCUCGACUCGCCAAGAGAGUCGUGGCAAAGGAAAAGGUGAGAAGGGAGAGAGAGCAAUAUUACUCCCUCGAUUCACACCCAUCUUCUCAACUUGUUUGUUUUUGUUGCAGCGUCCAGGGGGAUGACUCGCCGAAGCAGGUCCUCAACCCCCAGUCGUCGCGCAUGUUGCCGCCACUCCCCAGUGAGGAGUCCCAGGACAAGCCGGGACUCGACCCACCGAGAACGUGGUGGACAAGGAAAAGGUGAGAAGGGAGAGAGUAUAAAUACUCCCUCAAUCCCCACCCACCUUCUCAACUUGUGUUUUUUUGUGCAGAAACGGUGAAGGGGAGGACCCGCCAAGGAAGAUCCUCACCCCGCAGCAGAAAACUCCGCCAUCCCAACCCAGGCGCCACUUCCACCUUCCACGCGGUCUACUUCCCUCGGCCGACGUUGCCGGCCAAGAGGGAUGAGGCUCGCGUGAAGCGAGACCCUGGAACACCGCCCCGGUGCCCCCCCCAAAGGACGACGUUGUCCCCUUCGGAGGAGACAACGUUCAUUAUAAUUUUUAUGAAAUAAAUUUUUCUAUUGUUUUUUUUUAAAUUUUAUUUUUUUGGGGGAUGAGAAAGAUAAAGCAGAGAGAAAAAGGAGAAAGAAAGCA